AUGACCGACUACGCGUCUCUCAAGGUCCCUGACCUGAAGAAGCUCCUUUCGGAGCGCAGCCUCCCCCAGUCAGGCAACAAGGCCGACCUCAUCGCGCGCCUGCAGGAGCACGACAAGAGUACGUCCCAUACCGAUCCAAAGCCCGCUGCAGCUCCUGUCGCCGCGGCGGAGGCAGCUCCCGCCGCACCUGCGCCUGCUCCCGCGAGCGCCGAACCCGCCGAAUCAACCGUACCUCCUACCGCUGAGGCACCUGCCGAGACCGAUUCGACACCAGCUGCUGCAGCGCCCGAGAAGAGUGGCGCCGCCGCCACCGCCACCGAGACAGCUGCCGAUAAGCCAGCCGAAACCUCAUCGUUUGCGCUAGGCCUCAGCGCUACCGAGGCCGACGCCGAGCAGAAGAAGCGAGACGACCGCGCCAAGCGCUUUGGCAUCACUGUCGACAAAGAAUCAGAUGAGGUGAAGAAGAAUGAACGCGCCAAGCGCUUCGGCAUCGAGACCAGCGCUGUUCCCAAGGGCCUCGACGAAGCUCUCCCCGAGCGCCGCCCAAAGCGCGGUCGCGAGCACGGUGAUGAUGGCCAGCGCGGCGGCAAGAGGCAGAGCCUGGACAACCGCAAUGGCCGCGGCCGCAACAACAACCAGAACAACCGGAAGUUCGGGGGUGGUCGUCGAGCUGGUGGUGGUGGCGGCGGUGGCGGCGGUACCCGAAACCAGGCGCGUGGUGGCGGCAACGUCCUUGAUGACCCAACAGAGAAGGCAAAAGCUGAGCGCCGGGCCAAGCGCUUCGGAGGCGACAACUAG